AUCAGUGAUGUGGCUCAGAAAGUAGCUAAUCUUCCACGUCACAGGGAAGUGGGGAACGGACAGCUCGAGAAGAUCUCUGAGCAAUUUACAGAUGCCCAAGUAAAUAACAGACGCGACAUUGGAGGCUAUUUUGAAAUAUAGUAAACGUGCAGUAAGGUAGCUAAGUGCUUAUUUCUCUAUCGUGACCAAGGGCGGAAGGAUUGGUUUGGGAAUCAUCUUAACAGUUUUGUUGAUUGGGGUGCUGCAAGAGGAAAGACGAUCCAUCCGGCAAAAUGACAGCCGCAGAGAAUGUUUGUUACACUUUGAUCAAUGUUCCAAAUGACUCCGAACCYCCAUCGGAAGUCAGUCUCAAAGCAGACUUGGAAAAAGGAGAGAUCAAGGCAAAGACAGAGGCCCUGAAGAAGGUAAUCAUCAUGAUACUGAAUGGAGAGAAGCUGCCAGGCCUACUGAUGACCAUCAUCCGAUUUGUCCUCCCACUUCAAGACCACACCAUUAAAAAGCUUCUGCUAGUCUUCUGGGAGAUUGUCCCCAAAACGACUCCAGAUGGCAAGCUGCUUCAGGAGAUGAUCCUGGUCUGUGACGCCUACAGAAAGGACUUGCAGCACCCCAACGAGUUCAUCCGUGGAUCCACCCUGCGCUUUCUGUGCAAGUUGAAGGAGUCUGAGCUGCUGGAGCCCCUCAUGCCCGCCAUCCGCGCCUGCCUGGAGCACCGCCACAGCUACGUUCGCCGCAAUGCUGUACUGGCCAUCUACACCAUCUACAGGAACUUUGAAAAUCUUAUCCCAGAUGCCCCUGAGUUGAUCCAUGAUUUCCUUGUGAAUGAAAAAGAUGCCAGCUGCAAGAGGAAUGCUUUCAUGAUGCUCAUUCACGCAGACCAGGACAGAGCUCUGGAUUACCUCAGCACCUGCAUUGAUCAAGUGCAUACAUUUGGAGAUAUUCUCCAGUUGGUCAUUGUGGAGCUGAUUUACAAGGUGUGCCACGCUAACCCGUCGGAGCGUGCCCGCUUCAUCCGCUGCAUCUACAACCUGUUGCAGUCCUCCAGCCCAGCCGUCAAGUACGAGGCAGCUGGCACUCUUGUCACGCUGUCCAGUGCACCCACUGCCAUCAAGGCUGCUGCCCAGUGCUACAUUGACCUGAUUAUCAAGGAGAGUGACAACAACGUGAAGCUGAUUGUCCUGGAUCGUCUGAUAGAGCUGAAGGAGCAUCCCACUCAUGAACGUGUUCUCCAGGACCUGGUGAUGGACAUUCUGCGUGUUUUGAGCACGCCUGACCUCGAGGUCCGGAAGAAGACCCUGCAGCUGGCCUUGGACCUA